AUCGCGCUGGACCGUUGACAUCAAUGAAUAGCCAAUUGUUCAACCAAACACACAAAAUGUUCAGCAAAAUCUUAGCUUUUGGUGCUAUGCUGGCUGCAGCUAAUGCUGGUCUUCUGCACGGACACGCUCCCGCCAUCUCUUCACAGAGCAUCAUUCGCCACGACGAGGGUCAUUACUCCGCACCUAUCGCCUACGCCGCUCAUCUGGGUCACGGCGCCCCUCUGGCUCACGCCGCUCCCCUGGCUCACGCCGCCCCCAUCGCAUACGCUGCAUACGCUGCCCCUGCCGCCCAUUACGAUGGACAUGAUGAAUAUGCUCACCCCAAAUACGACUUCGCGUACUCAGUAGCCGACCCCCACACCGGUGACCACAAGUCCCAGCACGAGAGCCGCGACGGUGACGCCGUGCACGGAUACUACUCCCUGGUGCAGCCCGAUGGCUCCGUCCGCAAGGUCGAAUACACCGCUGAUGCUCACAAUGGUUUCAACGCCGUAGUGCACAACUCUGCUCCCUCCGUACAUGUCGAACCCGCUCACUCUAUCGGCGACGCUGGGGCGAAUCAGGACUGUAGCACAAAGAGUUCUGAUUCGUAUGAUCUCUGGUCCACAUCAACAGGCCUGAACAGUGGAGCCGAUUCCUCCCCCACAGUCGCUGGGUGGAAUGGCAUCACGGAACACUCACAUUUAGGUUGUUGCAGCCAAUUGUUCAACCAAACACACAAAAUGUUCAGCAAAAUCUUAGCUUUUGGUGCCAUGCUGGCUGCAGCUAAUGCUGGUCUUCUGCACGGACACGCUCCCGCCAUCUCUUCACAGAGCAUCAUUCGCCACGACGAAGGUCACUACUCCGCCCCUAUCGCCUACGCCGCUCAUCUGGGUCACGGCGCCCCUCUGGCUCACGCCGCUCCCCUGGCUCACGCCGCCCCUAUCGCAUACGCCGCAUACGCUGCCCCUGCCGCCCAUUACGAUGGACAUGAUGAAUAUGCUCACCCCAAAUACGACUUCGCGUACUCAGUAGCCGACCCCCACACCGGCGACCACAAGUCCCAGCACGAGAGCCGCGACGGUGACGCCGUGCACGGAUACUACUCCCUGGUGCAGCCCGAUGGCUCCGUCCGCAAGGUCGAAUACACCGCUGAUGCUCACAAUGGUUUCAACGCCGUGGUGCACAACUCUGCUCCCUCCGUACAUGUCGAACCCGCUCACGCCUACCACCAAACUGAACCGAACAAUAUCAAAAUGUUCAGCAAAAUCGUAGCUUUCGGAGCCAUGCUCGCAGCGGCCAGCGCUGGUUACUAUCCAGGACACGGCCAUGCCGUUUCAUCCCAAAGCAUUGUUCGUCAUGACGAGGGUCUCUCUCUUGGACAUAUCGCCGCUCCCGCUCACUACGCCGUACCCCUAGUACAGGCAGCUCCCCUCGCACACUACGCCGCCCCAGCUGCCUAUGCUGGCCAUUACGACGGUCACGAUGAAUACGUAAGUACAAUUCUAGUGACACGAAACAGAUUCAUUAGUAUUAUUUGUAACAAAGUCGCUCACCCCAAAUACGACUUCGCGUACUCAGUAGCCGACCCCCACACCGGUGACCACAAGUCCCAGCACGAGAGCCGCGACGGUGACGCCGUGCACGGGUACUACUCCCUGGUGCAGCCCGAUGGCUCCGUCCGCAAGGUCGAAUACACCGCUGACGACCACAAUGGAUUCAACGCUGUAGUCCACAACUCUGCCCCAUCUAUUCACCCCCAGGUCGCCUACGACGGCCACUACUAAUUUAAUUUAUACAAAUUAGUAACAAAUUAUAAAUUAUAUUUGUACAUAAAUUAUUUAAUAAAUGUUAAUUUUAUAUAUCGAAAAAA